CACGGCCGGCGCAAAUGCGGCUGUAGCUCCAUUUGCUCCUCGUGCUGCGCCUGGGUUGCGUUGAUCAUCGGCACCAUCAUCCUCCUUAUCCUCCUCUUUGCAGGCAUAGUCUUUGCCUUCCUCCAAUCGAACCUGCCGGAAGUUCGCCUCCAACGGCUCGAUGUCAACAAGCUUGACAUCGAGGACAAGAACCAGGAGACGCUGCUGUCAGCCAACUUCGAGGUCAAGCUCAACGUGACCAAUGGGAGCGGUAAAAUGGAGCUCGCCUACAGUGGCAUGACGGCCACAAUGAUGUCUGCAGGGUUCACCUUUGACAGCAUCGACCUCAAUGACAUGCGCCAGCCACCUCACACGACCUCGGACGUCUAUGUCAGGUCGGCGGUCAAGAGGGCGGAGGUGGACGAGGCGACGGGGCAGGAGCUCAAGGACAAGUCCAAGACGCAUGUGUUGGUGAUCACCGUGGGGGUUAAGGGGCGGAUUGAUUUCUAUUCCAGCGACAGCAAGUUGAUUAGUUUGCCUUUCAAGAUUGAUUGCCAUAGCAUUGAUCAGUCGGAGAUUGACAACGGACAUGCGCCAAUAUGCAACACAAGACUCACUCCUCUGGGCUGAAAUCGCUAUUGGAUCCUUGCGAUUCUGCUGAUCACCUAAAAUUGCAGGGUAGAGAGACAUAUUGGUCAUCUCAAGUUUAGACACACUAGAUUUAUAUUCUUUUUUAUUAUUAUUAUUGUUUUUGGGUUUUUGAGGGGGUUUUUGGACUUGGUCUUGUAGGUUUUUUCAGAUUUUUAUCUUGGGGGAUUUUCAGAAUGCAGAUAAUUGUAACUUGUCGGCACUAUU